AUUACCCACACCAGCAGCAAGCCAGGUGUGCAUGGUAAACCAGCCAUGUACUGUAUGGGAAUUCAUGGUACAUGAACGCAGCCCAACAGCAUCAGUUCGUUCGGUUCGGCCAUGGCUGCCGAUAGCCAUUCCAUGAAACGCCCGCCGGGUCCUCAGGCAAACUUCUUCUACUACCCGUCGGGCUUCCCAGCCCUUUUCCAGAGGCUAUAAUCGGAGACUCGGCGGCACGUCCACUGUAACAUCUAAACAUCUAGCCGAAAAGGCCGUGUCGCAGAUUGAAGACCUGUCAUGUCUGUGCUACCAUUCUAGCUGCUGAUUGCCUUCCACACAUAGAUACAUGGAAGCCCACGCGCGAGAAACAAGACUUUUUCCAGCUUCCACAAUACAGGCCACACAUGCAGCCGAAGUAGAUGCUGUAUGGAGGCUAGCGGAAUUGCACAGGUCUUCGCCCAAAGCCCAAAGGCUUCUGUCUACUUCGCUCAAGAGCAAUACCUAGGCUGCCCACCAAGGUGGUUGAGACUCGUAAUGUUCUGCUUUGUGAGGAUGGAAAAUGGAUAUAUCUUGGCCCCAUGGCAAGCAUCGAGAUCGAUCGGUCCGCUUAACUCGCCAAACCAAACAGUUCCUCUCCCUUCUAGAUCACGUCUCUCAGGAACACACGUAUCCCGGACCGCAGUUACUUUAUAUUGUACUUGAAAGCAACGGCAAGGCACAAAGCAGGCACAGAUGAUGUUAUGAACCUGAAAGAUUGCCGACCGAUACACGAUCAUCGAAUUCCUGAGGCGUACACAUCAGAGCAAACACAGAUCUCGCAACUGCGUAUACCAUCCCAUCAAUCUCAACGGCUCUUCAUUCAGCCUGCUUCCGUGACUACCUCGCACAACUACUUCUAUUCGGCACCAUUACAGUACCAAGGCUUGCUUCCUUACCCCGGCUGCUCCCGUAUCACAAGACCCCCUCACCGGUCACCCCAGCCAGGACCCCUUAACCGUUAAACGUUUUUACUCGGGAACAACGGGCGGAAGAGAUAGAAGGGUGAAAAAAAAAAUGUUACGAUACACAAGAAGGUCUUGGAGCAGAAGAAAAGGUACUGCAUCCUUUUUUUCUCUGCUUAACGUCGGUACAGGAGAAGUACUUUCUGUAAGUGGGCACAAAAACAUGUUUUCUCCAAGCAACAUCGACAACAACAGUUGUGCCAUCAUUGCCUCUUGUGAGCCCUACAGUAGCAACAUAAUAUAAAAGCAGAAAAAAGAACGGAAAUCACCAAAGGCCAUUUCAACAUCAAAGCCCAUGAUUAUCAUCAUCGCUAUCGUCAUCAUUACUAUCAUGUUUCGGGAAGGAAUACUCUGCAUAUGGGGGGGAAGGCGACAAAGUACAUUACACACAUAAAAGUAAAUAUAGCAUAAAUAAUCAAGCUUAAGAUCGACGUCCUAUAAUGUUGUCUCAUCACAUACAAAGCAAAUUGCU